AGAGAGAGAGAGAAAGGGCGUGUGUGGGAGAGGGGCUGUGUGUUGGGGGAGAGUGUGUGUGAGCGACUGUGUCUGUGUGUGUGCGUGUGAGAGAAAGGGUGUGUGUGGGAGAGAGGGUCCGUGUUGGGAAGUGUGUGUGUGUGUGUGGGGGGGGGGGGAGACUGUGUGUGCCUGAGCGAGUGUGGCAGCGCACUGCCUCUUUAAACCGAGCACUCAGGAGCCGGAGCGCUUGUUCAGUACAGCAGCCGCCGCGGCUCCCGGCACGGGCAGGCUCCCUGUGCCCCCUGCCCCGCUCAGCCCAGACCCACUCGGGCGCGGCCGCCUCUAGCAGCGGGCGAGCUCCGCCAGCGCCGCGCCGCGCCAGCCAUGGAUCCGCUUCCCAAAGAAGGGGAGCCUGCCCCGGCGGCGGCGGCGGCCGGGGAGCCCAGCAGGGGCGCUGCCUCCUCCAGCGGGGUGGUGGUGCAAGUCCGGGAGAAGAAGGGACCCCUGCGCGCUGCCAUCCCCUACAUGCCGUUCCCCGUGGCUGUCAUCUGCUUGUUCCUCAACACCUUCGUGCCAGGGCUAGGGACAUUUGUGUCUGCUUUCACUGUGCUGUGCGGAGCCCGGACUGACCUCCCCGACAGGCACAUGUGCUGCGUCUUCUGGCUGAACAUCGCUGCGGCACUGAUUCAGAUUCUGACGGCUAUCGUGAUGGUUGGCUGGAUCAUGAGUAUAUUUUGGGGAUGGACAUGGUCAUUCUUGCUAUUUCACAAGGUAAGUUUUUCUUCUAAGUCUUCUCUUAAUUUCCAGUGACUAAAAUCCUGCUUUACCUGCUCCAGCAAAUUUCCACUGAAAUCAAUAAAUGUUUGCCCCAGUUAAAGACGUUAGGAUUCAGUUCAGCAUGUUUUACUCAUUUUCAGGCAAAAUCUGACUUUGCAUGUGUGCUCCCAGUUGCCUGAGUAGGAGACAGCUCCCAGUCACCUGAGUAGGAGAUCUCUACAAGCACAGCCGAGGGAGAAUUUGUUCCUGUGCAUUUUUUCAUAGGCCCAGUCUAUACACAAAGCUGUCCUAGUUUACUUAAAGGUGUGGUGUUAAACUGAUUUAGUUAAAUCAGUGCAAUUUUGUGUGUGACUCAUUUUAAUCCUAAAAGCUCUCGACACUAGAAACUUGUACCACUUUAACUAUACCAAUAUGGUGAAGGGGUACAAUCCCCCUAGUGUGGAUGCAGUUAUAUUGGUAUAAAGGUGCUUUAUAAUAGGAUUGCUAGUUCUGUAUGGGAAGGGGAAUAACUAUAUCAAUAUAAGGCACCUUUAUAUAGGUAUAACUGCGUCCACACUAGGUCAAUGCUGAAAACUUCUAUAUUGGCAUAGCUAUAUCAGGCGGGGUGUGGAAAAAAAAAAGAGGGUUUUUGUUAACCUAGACCACUGCAUUCAGGGAGGUGGUGCUCCUGAACUGACAGAAGAACCUCUGGCUGUGUGUACACUACAGGGCUAUAGCAGCAUAGCUAUACCAGUAUGGUCUCCAGAAUGUAGACAUCCUAGGGUUUUUACUGGUAUAACUACUUCCUUUAAAAAAAAAAUCACACCCCUAACCAAAAUAAUUAUACCAGGGUAGACCAGGCCUUAUAUUGGGUUACCUUGCACCUAUAAAUUUAGAAGUUUAAGCUAAACUGAUAUAACCAAGAGAAUCCACACAGGAGUUUGUACUAGUCUAACUACGUUGGUUUUUAAACUGAUUUAAGUUAAAUCAGUGCAAUUUCUGUGCAUAGAGAGGCCCUUAGAUUUUAGGAUUUUUUUGUCAUUUAAUGUUGCCUUCAAACCUAAUUCCCAUGUUCUAGCUAAGAAAUGCAGAGGAAACCUUCCUUAUUUACUUUGAAAGUGCUAUUUGGAAAAGCAGAAUGUAUUUCUGUUGUCUAUUUAUCUGCACAACAUGUAGAACAAAACUGAAAAUUGAUGCAGAAAUAGUAAAGAAUGCCAAUCUCUUUUCUUUGCAUCCUUUUAUUACCUGAGAUAGACCCAGGCUCCAUGAUUUGCACCUGGAUCUGAAUUUUUCUGAUGUGCAGGGAUGUUUCUAUCAGGUUUAGUUUUUUAAAUCUCUCUCUCUGGCUAUUACUUGUCAUAAAAGUUCCUCAAAGAUACAGAUUGGGACACUUUCCAGUAGUUUUCAUUCACAUUUGUAUUCAAAGGGUUUUACGAACAGUGGAGUAAAGAAAAAGAGAGUGGAAAGCUGUUUUAGGAUUUAAAUAUUCCCUUGCAAUGUUGGACAUUUAAAAAUUGCUUGAGAUUCAAGAAGUUAUAUUGACCAGUCUAGUUUCACUGCCCAAGCUGGGGUGGGGGAGGAGGGAGGUGAAAAGGAAACUGAAUUUUUAAUUUUCAUUUUAAACAUUUCUAUUGUUACUGGUGUCACAGAUAAGGACAAUUAUUUUCUUAAAUAGAUGAGCUCCACAUUGAUGCCAUUAUAAUAACCAUUGGCUCGAUUGGAAAAGCCAGGUGGUAAUUCUGGUAAAGACUUUAUGACCACCUGGAUAAAGUUAAAAGAACUAAUGUUGCCAUGGUCACAUACCAUCAUGAGAAACAGGUGGAGAGAGGUUUUUCUGCCCCUCUCCCCUGACCAUAACCAUCUGGGGAGUAGUCACGGGGAACGGACUGCAACUGUGCCCCAAAGAGAGGCCCAACUCAACCACCAGGUGUUGAAAAAUAGCUACAAAGGUCCAAGUUCAUGAGCACGUGUCAAUGGUAUCAUCCAGGAGGGCAAAUUCUGUGUUCCCAGGGGAACGAGACACAGGAACCCACGACACCAUCUGGGAGGGCAGUUCUUGUGUUCCCAGGAAAAAGGUGGGAGAGAAGACGAGAAGUAGGGAAGAAUAGGGGAUUGGAUCCCAGCUCUUGGAGUGUCUAAAGCUGGGCACUGAAGUCCCCUAGUUGGACCCCUGCAUUUCUAUAGACCAUUUGCAAGCACAAUAGAGAAAAGCCACUAGUGCAUUGCUUCCUUGAUGAUGACAUAAGCAGAGUGACUGGUUACCUUUAUCUGAGUAGGGUGGGCAAGGCCCGGGACGUAAUGAGAGAAGCCUUUCCUACUCCUCUGUCUUGUAUCAGAAUCCAGAAGCCACCCAGUGCAACUGAUUUCUCCUCUCCAACACCUUGCACUCUUACAAAUCCAUCAGCACAGCUGUACCCUGAUUAUAAUGCAUGAGAUUCUGAUGUGCUAGUUAGCAAGAGCACGGAAACAUGGAUGUUAAGGAAGGGAGCAUGAAGAGAUGAGCUCGCUGGUGGAGGCCUGAGAUUUGUGUUCCAAUCCUGGCCUAUUAGCCCAUAACCUACAUCUCAUUCUAACCUCUAGUGGAUGUUUGUCCCCAUCACCAGACCACCCUACAAUCUGGCACUGCUGGGGAGCUCCACGAGAGAGGGCCAUGCCUGGAAAAAGCCAGGGGUAUUUCAGCUAAGCCUGGAAGAGCAGCUGUCUAAGAGAGAUUGCACACAGCUCCUGUCUGGUUCUUGUUAGCAGGCUCUAGUGAGCACUAGCUUCAUACAAGUUUAAAUAAAAGAACAUGCAAACUUUCCUUUAGCAUCUCAGAUGAAAGUAUCACAAAAGUUAUUAAGCCAGCCAGCAGUGUCUGAAAACUGCAGCUGCUGAUACACCUUGGGAGUAAUAUUGUUGUUUUCAUUCCCCUUAACUCUGUCUUCCUCCUGAAAGAUAAUAUACAUGCAUUCGAUAAUGUAGGCAGAAAAGUUCACAUUUAUAGGAAGGGGUGUGUGGAGCACAGAACACCAUUGAAUUUUGUCCCCAUAGGCUCAUCCAUUAUUACGCCUGCCCCAUAUGCACUUCUGCAGUCUCUCCAGGAUCUCUCAAGGCAGACCUGCCACUGCAGACACUACAGUUACUAACACAGCAGGUGCAGUUAGACAGAGAACCAGCAGUGGGGAAGACCAAAAAAGCCAGUCAUCCGCCAGAAGAAAUGUUGCCUCCAGGAAGUCGUGUGCCCUGUGACGCCCAGGGCACAUGCCUCCAGAUGGAGCAGGACAGCCAUACCUAGGAUGAUGCUCGUCACCGCAGGGGAAACCUGCCAAAAAAAAUCACUGUAUUAAAACUAGCGCUGUGGAAAUCCUUCAUUGUGAAAGCAGGAGAAAGUCAUUUCUUUUCAUUUUUGAUGCAGGCCCUCUGCUUCCCUUCCAGAGAUUCACAGACCAUUCAGCAAGCUGCUUGGAGCCAAAUUUCAACCAAGACCUGGGCUGAUUUAUGGCUUUGGGUGGAAACCAGUCAAAAUGGGGCAUUUUGCUUAAGCUUUGCUGGGGGCUAUAGGAUGGGUUUGAUUCCCCAAUUUCAAAGCAAGGCUCAUGGCAACGUAAACCCACUUGCUCUGAAUCUGGGGAAAAUGUUUGGGAGCCCCCUGUGAACCAGAAGGGCUGAGACUGCCAUUAGGAAAUCUGUGUUAGGGACACAGGACCCUGUGGGCCAGUGUGGUUGCUGUUACAAGGGCAGGUUGUGGGGAGUGGGACAUGUAGAAGGCAGCCAGAACGUUCACAUUUGUGCUCCCUGAAUGCAAUGGCACUUGGGCAAGACCAGGGAAGCAAAGGAGCUCUGUUAUCACUGCGCUGUGCUAGCUCCUACAGGCCCCAAUCAGGACCCCACUGCGCUAGGUGCCGUACACACAGCUAACAAAAGACAGCCCCUCCCCCAAGAGCGUACACUCUAUGAUGAGGCAACAAUGGAUACAAGAAACAGACGGGGGAGCAUGAGGUAACCGUGAGAUGGUUACAGUCAGAACAAUAAGCUGCAGUCCCAGCACACCACUUACCCAGUUUGCUGUCAAGUGUUUGUAGGCAUCACAUCAGAGGUGAGUUUUAAGGGGAGAUUUGAAGGAUAAUAAAACACAUCCCAAAGGGGAGCCUGGCUGCGCAGGAUGGGGGCAUUGCCAGUUCCCCUCGCCCUGUCGGCCCCCCAAACACUCUGAGGCCAGCCCGAGGGGAGGGAGCUGCAGCCACUGCUCCCCAGUGUACUUUGCACAAUGUCCCAAGAGGCACUCUGAAUGGGCUAGCUCUGCGUCCUGCAAACCAUGCCUGCCAGCCAGCCCCAAUGCACAUGUGGCUGCAAAAGCUAUAACCCAGACCCCAUUUACUGUCAGAACUGCGCAUCAGAAAGAGCAAUGACCAAGCUACCCCAAAAUGGGCUAAGUCAGCAAUGAUUACCCCAAAAACAAGUCCCCCCACUACACAUGCCCUUGCACAGGGGGAAAUAAGUGAAAGAGAAAAUUCUCUCUCUUCCCCCUUCUCGGCUGACCAGUGGGAUGGGUCCUGUUAAACUUGACCCAUUGCUGAUUGCUUAUUUGCAGCUCACCGAGGCUGUGGGCCAUGAAACAACAUUUUAAUCCUGUUCCCUUCCCACCCCACCCCACAGGCUACAAGGAACAGGGGAUCCCACAGCAGUUGUAAUGGCUGGGACAAGGGCGUUCCACGGAACGUGGUGUGUCUGGCGGCUGUGGGCACAAGGAACUUUCCACUUUCAUUUUUCUUUUCUUUUGUUUUUUUGUUUUUUAAACCAAUGCAUGCAUCUGUUCAGCGGAGCGGAGGUGCAGAGCAGCAGAUGGAGACCUUCACUGAUCCCUUUUAGAACCGGCGAUGAGGCAAACAUGACGUGGGUUAGGACUGGCACAGCCAGCACGUCGUGAUAGGCGGCCAAUCCCGAGGAGGGAGGAAAACACUGGUAGAAUGAGACGCUGCUGUGGAAGAUGGCACUUGGGCUGCCGGUGAGAAGAGUGGGGAUGCUGCUUUCUCCAGCUGCAGGGUGUGAAGCAGCUGGAGACAUUUGCCCUCCUUGUAGUUCACCAUUAAAGGAGCCCAGUGGUGAACAUCAAGAUGAAGGAGAUAUUUAUAGAUAUAUGUGCAGUAUGUAAAAGCCAAAGCUGAGUGGUACCUUGUUUCCUGAGAGUCCUUUCUUGACUGCUUCACGAUAACAGAGGCUCAGCUCAGCCUCUUCUGCUGUGUGUGUUUAUGAUGCUCGCUGAACCUCUGUCGUUGCAGAUGCUCUGACGUUUUGCUUGUGGCUGCUCUAAAUCAUACUUUACUGGUGACCCAGGCUGUGAAUAUGCCCUGCCUGCUUCUACCUGCUGAAAGAAGAGAAAAGACUUGACCUGCCAUGAGCCAGUAACAAACUGGUUCUUACAAAGAAUGGGGACGCCAUGGUGUAACGUGUGCUUUCUGUGGUGGGGUGGGUGGGUGGAGUGAGGUUUGUGCUGUCUAAUGCUUCCGGUUUAAACUGGUAUUUUCAGAGACUAAAAUGCCAGUGAAAGAGACUUGUGGAUAAAUUGCACCAUACUGUGGGAGUUAAUAUACUUAUUGUGUGUGUUUUGUUGCCUGUGUUGCAUGAUACAGUGGUCUUGAUCCUCUUCCAAGUGGACAAGUGCCCAUAUUUCAAAGACCGCUGCAACAGAUGGCACUAACUGAUCACCAUGUUAGCAGUCUUGGCCACUCACUGGAGCAUGGAAAAUUAACUACCCUUUCAAGCCUAGAGUGGUGGUUCCUCCAGGUCAGGGUUGAGCUAUACUGAUAUUGUGAAACACUGCCACUGACUAGCCUUCAAAUAGAUGCAGCGUAAAGAAAGGACUUAAUUCUCCAGGCCCCUCCAUCCAGCAUACUAGAAUGAAAUUCAUAGGAAGAUUGAUGGCCUGACAUUCAGAGGUGUGUGGAUGCUCAGUACUUCUGAAUAUCAGGCUCAUAGUGCACUGCGAACAAUGGACAGAACCGUGUUUGCCAGUCACUUUCCCUCUAUGAGAACAUGAUGAGAGGAGCCAUUCAGAAACAAAAUCAUACUGCCAUUCCCACCCUCUGGGAACUAUCCUUUCAGCAAACUAGUUAAAAAUCCCCAUAGCCUUAAUCGAGACACAUCAAAACAGAGACACGUCCAAGUGCAAGACUCCUCAGUAACUUUCUCUCUCAGACACACCCCUCUUUGUUUCAUAGUUAAGAGAACCAGUGGGAGAGGGGCUAGGGCAUGAAAUCCCACCUCCACAUAGCUUUCUAUCCAGAUCUCCCUCUCCCUGUUUGCUUUUAGAUCAUGCUGUGGUUUUUCAGAGCCAACAGAUCCGUUCAGUUAGAAUGACCUUUGUUUUAGUUUAAAGAGAACAAAAGUAAAGUCUCUAUGGUGGAGCACCAGUGGCAGAUAUGGGUCCCCUUUAUAAAAGUCUGCACUGGACUGAACACAAAAAUGGCUGCCUGGCUCUGCAGAGAGUCAAGUCCUUCCAGAUUUAAAGUGGUAGGGCUCAGAAAACCAAGAAACAACAGUUACAUAGUUAGAUACACCACAGCCACAGCCCCUCUCUCCAGACUGAGAUGUGUCCUGCAUUUUGUAGACCUAUAUGUAAAUAACUACCACAGGUAGCAUGGAUGGGACAGUAACUAAUUUCAACACUAUUGUCACUACAAAGCAGGUAGCUCAGACCAUCUCUAAUCUCAAAUGCUCUUCUCCCAGCUGUAACUGGGCAGCUUGUCUUCACUGAAGGCUGUGUUCAUUCUUCUUCUCAGAAGCCAGGGUUUCCUCCCUCCCCUGCCCAUCACCCUCACAUCCUCCUGCUCCUGUCAGGGUUUCACCGGUGCAUUUCAUUCAUCUUUUUCUGGAUUUCAGAAAGAACUAAGACAGCUCCUCAGUGCAUGCAUCAGAAAGUUUUCAGGAGGGGAGACAUCUUUGUACUCGCUGCACUUCUCUAUACUCAGAAAAAAGCACUUCUCCCAUGGUCAUGGUCAUGGGGCAGGCAUAAUUUAAGGUCCUGCUCCCAUUAUCUUCAACAGAAGCUGGAGCCAGAUUAUUAUUUUUUUAGUACCAGUCAAAAUAAUUCAGGUUUACCCAUCAUCUACAUAAAAACCUUCCUAUCCCACCAAGCUGAUCCAACUUUUCUUCAGUCCACCCUCUCAGGGCAGGUCUACACUGGUUUCUAAAACCCACAGCAGCCAUUCUCAGAGCCCAUGUCUACAGACUCAUGUUCACACUACAGAGCUAAAAACAGCUGUGUAGACAUUCAGGCUUAGGCUGGAGCUUAAGAUCUGAAGCCCAUCUCCCUCCCAGCCUGAGCGACAAUGUCUACACGGCUGUUCUUAGUGCCAUAGCACGAGCCCAAGUCAUAGACUUUAAGGCCAGAAAGAAGCAUUAUGAUCAUCUAGUCUGACCUCCUGCACAGCACAGUCCACAGAACCCCUACCCAUCCACUCCUGUAAUAGGCCCCUAACCUCUGGCUGAGUCACUGAAGUCCUCAAAUCUUGAUGUAAAGACUUCAAGUUACAGCACAUGCCCCAUUUACUUGGGUUCAAACCAGCAAGUGACCCAUGCUGCAGAGGAAGGUGAUCUCCCUCCCCGAUUCCUUCACAACUCCAAAUAUAGCGAUCAGUUUGACCCACCAGCCAAACACCUGGGAAAGAAUUCUCUCUAGUAACUCAGAGCCCUCCCCAUCUAGUAUCCCAUUUCCAGCCCCUGGAGAUAUUUGCUGCUAGCAGUCUCAGGUGGGCCAUAUGCCAUUGUAGGUAACCUCAUCGUACCACCCCCUCUAUAAACAUAUGAAGCCCAGUCUUGAAACAAGUUAGGUUUCAUUGCCCCCCAAUGCUCCCCUUGGAAGGCUGUUUUAGCACUUCACUCCUUGGAUGGUUAGUAACCUUUGCUUAAUUUCAAGCCUAAACUAAUUGAUAGCCAAUUUAUACCCAUUUGUUCUUGUACCAGCAUUUGCCCUUAACUUAAAUAACUGUUCUCUCUCCCUGCUAUUAAUUCCUCUGGUGUAUUUAUAGAAAGCAAUCAUAUCUCCCCUCAGCCUUUGUUUUGUUAGGCUAAACAAGCCAAGCCAAGCUCCUUAAGUCUCCUCUCGAAAGGCAGGUUCUCCAUCCUUCUGAUCAUCCUAGGAGCCUUUCUCUGUGCCUGUUCCAGUUUGAAUUCAUCUUUCUUAAACAUAGGAGACCAGAAUUGCACACAGUAUUCCAGAUGAGGCCUCACCAGUGCACUGUGUAAUGGUAAGAACACUUUUCUAUCUCUACUAGCAAUACCUCACCUAGAUCUGGCCUCUGAGACUUGCUGCCGUGAUAGUAGACAGUGUAGACGUACUCAGAGACCAGGCAUGGGAAAAUAGAUCAGCACUUCAGUCAACAAACUGCACCAAUGGGCAAUAGGUUGAGGAUCUUUCAGACAUGGAAAGGAAGGAGAGUGAGUUCAAGAGUCCAGGAACCUUCUCUGAAAUUUUCUAAGUCUCUUCCAUUUAAACCUGGAUGCUGUUAACUCAAGUACUUUAGCUGAUCUCAACUGCCUUGAUAUCACACAUGGAGACUGCAAAAGAGACUGUCAGGAGCCAAAUCCUUAAUAUAAACAAAGGAUUUUAUGUAGUUAUUUAUUUAUUAGGCCAAAUUUUUGCUGGGUCUAUAUUUUAAGCACACACAGACACUACACAGUGUGUAAGCACCAAGCUAGGAAGAUCUCUAACCAGCCAACAUGCUCACAAAUGCAGGGUUUACAUGUGAAAAUGUUGACGUUUGGCUGAAAAUGCAUCCCCAUAUGUCUGUAUCACAUGGGGAAGGGGGAUGCAGCAUUUGAUUAAUUUGGGAGGGUGGACAAGCCUGUUUCAUCUGGUUCUUCAAGCACAACUGGCACAAAUUCAUAAACAGGAGUGGUAUUGGGGACAGCUCACUCAGGAUAAGAUCAAACAGCACUAGAUUGGCAGAAGAUCAACCAACAGAUUAGCUUUUCUUGCUAUAACUGAGCUGCCUGAGCUAGCCCUUCAUGUGGCCUGGCUGAAUGCUAACAAUAACACUUUUUGCCUGUAGAUCUCAGAGCACUUUAUGAAUGUAGGAAUCUAUCUCCAAUUUACCAAUGAGAAACUGAGGCACAGGGAAGUCAAAAGAGUUGACCAAGAUUAUACAGCAAGCCCGUGGCCUUGGCCAGAUGCCCUAUGCAUUGGACCACAUUGCUAAGCUAAACACCUAGCAUUUUAUACCCUUUAUUAAAGAUAAAUAAAUAUCCUUUAUUAAAAUGUGGCUGCUGUGCAUGUCUCGAAUUCGCCUCUCAGCUCUGCACUGCAGAGAAGAGAUCUGCAGAGUGGAGCAGAGAGGAAAGUUUUGCCCUUAAAAUGUUGGAGGAAGGUAGCUUUAAAAAAAACAAAACACCAACUCUGGAGAGGUUUUUUUUUUUAAAAAUCACACAAUACAGACAGCAGCAAAGUGGGUUUGUUUGAGUGAUAGGUGCCAGUUUUUGCUUCUCCUUAACUGCUGCUAGGAGUGAUUAACAAAGAAAACUGCUAUCGUUGUCAUUAUGCAACACUCAGGCAGAGAGAUGGUUACUUCACUUUGCCCCUUAGAAAGUUCCACAACAGCAGCAUGUUAAAAAUCAAGGCCCAGUUAAUCAUUGGCGAAUUACACUGGAAAUGUUACCAAAGUAUCAUGUGAAUCACCUGUAUUAAUGCCAAGUGAUAAAAUCAUCAGGAUUACUAUUACUACAGGAAUUACCCACAGGAAUUCUCCUCAGAAUUUAAGUCUUUCUGGUAAUUUAUACCAACUAGAAUACAUUACUGCAUGGCUGCUCAUUAUUCAUUGAUCAUUACUAUAAUAGUCCCAUGCACUUCUUAACUUCUUCAGUCUCAAAGAACUCUACAAAUAUUAAAGAAUUAAGCUUCAAAACACCCUGAAAGAUAGGUGUAACAUUGUGGAUUUAGGGCUUGUCUUCACAUACAAUGCUACAGCAGUGAAGCUGCACCAAUGCAGCUGCACCGCUGUGAUACUUCAACAAAGACAUUACUACGCUGAGAUAUUUAAUCCACGUCCCUGAGAGGUGGUAGCUAUGUUGGCCGAAGAAGCUCUCCCAUUGACAUAGUGCUCUACAUGGGGGGUAGAGAAGUAUAACUGUGUCACUCAGGCGUGUGGACUUUUCACACCCCUGAAUGCUGUAGUUAUACUGAUACAGGUGUGUAGUGUCAACCUGGCCUUAGUCCUCACCUACUGUCCUAUAGAAUAUGAUCCCCCUUUUACAGCUGGGGAAACUGAGGCAUAGACCUCACCACGGUCAGAGAGUGAGUCUGUGGUGCACCCAAGAACAACUCGACUGUCAUGCUCUGGCUACUGGGAAUUGCUCUUGGUCUGGGUACCUAGCUUCAUUGCACUAGUGGUUGACCCAAUUCAAAGGGCUUAGUGAUUCAUCCGAGAUGAGGGUGUAACUUAGAUCCCUCUGAUUGUCAAUAGUUUCAGUAGCUCAGAGAUGAGGCAAUAGUACAAAUCCUCUAGAUGCUGCUCUUACUUUUGGAGUCUGAACAUUUGCAUGUUUUCUUUGGAAAUCAGUUUGGAAAACCUGAGUGUUGUAAACAGACCAGUGCUGCCACAGGACACUAAAUUGUCCACAGACAUGUCUCUUGUGACAGCAGAUACGAGACUCUAGAUCCAGCCAACAGAUGCCUCUGGCACAACUGUUGGGUCUGACAUGCUGGAGUUCAGGAUGCCUCAGAAAGUCUCUUGGUACCAAAAGGUGAUAAAAGAUUUAGCAGUUUGUCUGCAUUGCUGAGGUUUUGCCGGUCUCUUUUUUGUCUAACAUUCGGUGUUUUCCAUCUGUGCAUUCUAGCAAGGACAGGAAAAUGGAAUUAAUCAGGGGAUAGUUGCUAUGGAAAUGUUGAACUUGGAGGGGCUGCCUUGUAUCUUCUGAGACUGCAGCGUUUUAAUUAUGUCUGUGUCUUGGCUGCUUUUAUUGCGUUAGUGAUGUUGGCAUAGAAGCAUCAUGCAUUGCAUAAACAGGCUAUAGGAUGUAUAAUUUACGUGCAAGUUCUGGUGUUUUCUUAAAAAUUCCAUAGCCAUUGAGGUAUUUUAUCAGAUUGACUGAGGCAGAAAAGCAGCCAACUUGCCAUUCAAGAAGUUCUGAAAUAUUUAAGAUGAUGCGAUGUUGAGCCCUUCUUGUGACACACAAAAUGCAAUUUUUUUGCCUGGCACCUUAUAUUUGCUUAAAUCAAUUUUAAUUAGUGA